AUGAUCGCAUCCUCGCUCAUCCCGUCGAGGUUUAGAGGCAGCCGCCCCGGCGAAAAGGCGCCGCCGCCGUCGUGGCUGAACCGCAAAAUCACGCCGUUUCUCCAGAAGCUCGCCGGUAUCGCCUCGUCGCAUCCGAUUCACACCGUAGCAAUCGUCGCCCUUCUCGCCAGCUCUACCUACAUUGGGCUACUUGAGGAGAGUCUGUUUGAUGCGAACUGGAGCGUGAGAAAGGCCGAUUGGUCCUCUCUCACGGAGGGCAGCAGAACCUUGCGGACUGCUCCCGAUACGGAAUGGAAAUGGCAGUCACACGAGCUGUCCGGCAACCCACCGGCCGCCAACUCAAAGCACCUCGCACUGUUGACCUUCAUCUUCCCCGAUUCGCUGGACGACGCUCCGAAGACCGCUCCCCUCCAGCACACGGUUCCGAUCCCCGAUAACCUUACGAUAACUCCUCUCCCGUCCACGUCCAACUCCCUUACGACCUACUCCCAGGACUCGGCUCUCGCAUUCUCCCUGCCCUAUGAUCAAGCGCCCGAGUUUCUGGCCGCGGCUCAAGAGAUCCCCAAUGAAUCAUCUAGCCAGGAAGCCCGAGAGUCAGAAAAUGGACGUGAGAAGAAGAUGUGGAUCAUGAAGGCUGCCCGAGUCCACACUAGGAGCAGUGUGAUUCGAUGGUUCCAGAAUGCCUGGAUGGAGUUCAUCGACACUCUGAAGAACGCCGAGACUCUUGAUAUCAUCAUCAUGGUGCUCGGGUACCUAUCCAUGCACCUGACGUUCGUCUCACUUUUUCUGUCAAUGCGCCGGAUGGGCUCAAACUUUUGGCUGGCUGCCAACACUCUGUUUUCGUCCGUUUUUUCCUUCCUCUUUGGCCUUAUCGUCACAACCAAGCUCGGCGUACCCAUCACCGUUGUUCUGCUGUCGGAAGGUCUGCCCUUUUUGGUUGUGACCAUUGGAUUUGAGAAGAAUAUUGUUCUCACCCGCGCCGUCCUAUCUCACGCCAUCGAGCACCGCCGGGCUGACACGGUGAAGCAAUCAAAGUCCGCCGGGAGCCAGAAAUCUUCCAACGGAAAUGGAUCGCAGUCCGUCAUCCAAUAUGCCAUUCAGAUGGCCAUCAAGGAAAAGGCGUACGGCAUUCUUAAGGACUACGCUAUCGAGAUACUUAUCCUUGUCUGCGGUGCUGCUUCUGGCGUGCAGGGCGGACUUCAACAGUUCUGCUUCUUGGCCGCUUGGAUCCUGUUCUUCGACUGUAUUCUGCUCUUUACUUUCUACACUGCUAUUCUCUACAUCAAGCUCGAGAUCAACAGGAUCAAGCGACACGUCGAGAUGCGCAAAGCUCUCGAAGACGACGGCCUCAGCCGCCGCGUCGCAGAGAAUGUCGCCAGCAGCAACGACUGGCCCGCUGGCAAAGGCUCUAGCACCUCACUUUUUGGAAAGCAGAUCAAGAGCACAAGCGUCCCCAAGUUCAAGGGUAUGAUGGUGUCUGGCUUCAUCAUCAUCAACAUCCUAAACCUUUGUUCGAUUCCGUUCCGAAGCACACACUCCUUGUCCUCCCUGUCUACAUGGGCCGGGGGUCUGGGUGGCGUCCUCAACUCACCUCCUGUCGACCCCUUCAAGGUGGCAGCCAAUGGUUUGGACGAGAUCCUAAGCGAAGCCAAGCGCACGAACACCGAGACAAUUGUUACAAUCCUGACUCCCAUCAAGUACGAGCUCGAGUACCCCUCAGUGCACUAUGCUCUCCCUCCACCCAAGUCCGCCGCGCCACCCGAAUCCGAUCUGGGCUACGGCGUUGGCGGUCGUAUGGUCGGUAGUAUUCUGAAGAGUCUGGAAGACCCUGUACUUUCCAAGUGGAUCAUUGUGGCCCUUGCCAUGAGCGUCGCACUCAACGGCUAUCUUUUCAAUGCCGCCUUGAUGGGGAUUAAGGAUCCGAAUGCUGCGACUCAGCCAAUCAACCCGAAGGAGCUCGCCGACGCUCAAAAAUUCAACGACACGGACCAGGCGAUGUUGCCCCUGGGCGAGUACCAACCCCCAACGGCGCCUCCUACCCCGAGGAGACAGCCGAGUCCUGGGGUUGAGGAAGAAAGUGAUUCGAGCCGGACUCAGGUUGACAACUCUCCUCUGCCUCCGGCUGUCCCUCGCACCGCUGCAGAGAUCGAUACAAUUCUCAAGGAGAAGCGUGUUUACGAACUGUCGGAUGAAGAGAUCGUUGCCUACUCGCUCAAGGGAAAGAUUCCAGGCUAUUCACUCGAGCGGAGCUUGAAAGACUGCACCCGUGCCGUCAAGAUCCGAAGGACCAUCAUCUCCCGAACCAAGGCUACAUCAUCCAUCACCAGUCUCUUGGACAGGUCUAAGCUUCCUUACCGCAACUACAACUGGGAGCAGGUUCUCGGAGCUUGCUGCGAGAACGUCAUUGGCUUCAUGCCUCUUCCAGUCGGAGUUGCUGGUCCUCUUGUCAUUGAUGGUCAAAGCUACUUCAUCCCCAUGGCCACAACAGAGGGCGUGUUGGUGGCGAGCGCGAGCCGUGGUUGCAAGGCCAUCAACGCUGGAGGUGGUGCCGUCACGGUGUUGACUGGCGAUGGCAUGACGCGAGGCCCUUGCGUCGGCUUCGAGACGCUCGAGCGUGCUGGAGCUGCCAAGAACUGGCUCGACAGCGAAGUAGGCCAGGCAUUCAUGACCAAAGCCUUCAACUCGACGUCGCGAUUCGCGCGGCUCGAGUCCAUGAAGACUGCCAUAGCUGGUACCAACCUAUACAUUCGAUUCAGGACGACUACUGGUGACGCCAUGGGCAUGAACAUGAUCUCCAAGGGUGUCGAGGAGGCCCUGAGAGCCAUGGCUGCUCCCGACGAGGGCGGCUUCACUGACAUGCAAAUCCUGACGCUCAGUGGAAACUACUGCUCGGACAAGAAGCCGGCUGCUAUCAACUGGAUUGAGGGACGUGGAAAGAGUGUUGUCGCAGAGGCCAUCAUUCCAGGGGAUAUUGUCCGCAGUGUUCUGAAGAUUGAUGUUGACUCGUUGGUGGAGAUGAACAUUUCCAAGAACUUGAUCGGCUCCGCCAUGGCGGGCGCCAUGGGUGGUUUCAAUGCGCACGCGGCGAAUAUCGUAGCAGCUGUGUUUUUGGCGACUGGUCAGGAUCCGGCACAGGUUGUUGAGAGUGCCAACUGCAUCACUAUUAUGCGAAACCUGCGCGGAAACUUGCAAAUUUCGGUUUCGAUGCCAUCGAUUGAAGUUGGAACCCUCGGUGGUGGUACCAUUCUCGAACCUCAAAGCGCCAUGCUUGACCUCCUUGGCGUGCGCGGCUCCCACCCGACGACACCUGGCGACAAUGCCCGCCGCCUGGCCCGCAUCAUCGCAGCCGCAGUCCUGGCCGGAGAGCUGUCACUUUGCAGCGCCCUGGCGGCAGGCCACUUGGUCAAGGCCCACAUGGCGCACAACAGGUCAACUCCCGCUACACGGAGCACUACGCCUGCGCCCCCAGCGACCGGCAGUGGCAGUGGCUUCAUGACACCUGUAGGACUUGCCAUGACGACAGCAGUGGAGAAGGCCGCUGGUAUUGGUGGAAGCCUGAGGGCAAACAAGAGCUCGGCUAGCUUGGAGAGACAGGCAGCCGUUGGGCGAUAG